CUAACAUCUCAUGAAUGUGUACAGCCAGAAAAGAAAACUUUCAAAUGUAAAGUGUGCGAUAAAACCUUCAGUACGCGAUCUCAUCUUGUUAGUCAUGGACGAGUUCACUCAGGAGAGAAACCCUUUAUGUGUAAGUACUGCGCUAAAUCAUUCAGUGAGAAAUCAAGCUGUACUGUUCAUGAACGCAUCCAUACCGGGAAGAAGCCGUUUAGGUGUGAUAAUUGUGACCAAGGUUUUUGCGACAGUUCCAACCUUAUACGUGAUAAACGCACACACACUGAAGAGAAGCAAUUCAAGUGUACCGAAUGUAAAAAGGCAUUUAGACGAUCAUCACAUCUCGCCGAUCACCAACGCAUGACUUUCCUCCACAAUCAUUCGUCGCUAAGUAGGGAAACUGGGGUGUCAUUUGAUCGCCAGCAUGAUGCGUGUGAUCGUGCCAAUUCACAUUCUGGAGAAGAGCUUCAUAAAUGUAAGCAAUGCGAUAAAUCAUUUUCUACUCAAUCCCGUCUAACAUCUCUUGAACGUAUACACACAGAGGAGAAACCGUUCAGGUGUGAAGUGUGCGAUAAAACCUUCAAUAGGAGAUAUCAUCUGGUCUCUCAUGGACAAAUUUACUCAGGAGAGAAACGCGUUACGUGCAAGUACUGCCCUAAAUCAUUCAGGAUGAAAUCCCACCUCACUGUUCAUGAACGUAUCCAUAACGAGGAGAAGCCGUUUAAGUGUGAUCAUUGUGACCAAGGCUUUUCCCAUAUUUCCAACCUUAGAGUUCAUAAACGUACACAUACUGGAGAGAAGCCAUUUAAGUGUAACCUAUGUGGCAAGUCAUACAGACAAAAGGUGCAACUCACAGAUCAUCAACGCAUCCACACUGGCGAGAAACCAUUCAAGUGUAAAAUUUGUGGAAAGUCUUUCUCUCAGAAAUCCAAUUUAACAGUACAUGAAAUGUUGCAUUCCUGAAAGAAACUGAUCAACAAGUGUGACUAGUCUUACACUGAAAAAAAACACAUAUAAAACCAUGGUAACACUAACCCCACACAAAAGCUUCUUUGCAACGUUUUGGAAAUGUUCAUUUUAUAAUCGUUUUGAAAUGAAAUUAGCCCCAUCUUAACUCCAUGCAAAAGUCAUUGCUUAUAUGAUGACUUCUACAGUUGUAGCAUCACAAACAUUAUCGUUAUCAUUAUCAUUGUUUUAAAGUUGAUAUAUUGUCCAAUGUCUAACUCUGUUAUUCAAUGCACUUCUUACACGUAUUUCCAUAGCUACCACGCCUGAAAACAGCUCAUUUGCGCUGAACAUGCGGCUCA